AUGGAUUCAGUACUUCUAAUUGGUGGAGCAGGUUUCCUUGGAUUGCAUCUUAUUGAGCAAUUUUCGAAAUUAGACCCGCAGCCAAAAAUCAAUGUUUUUGACAUACGCCCGCUUCCAGACAAGCUGGCUACCUACUUCUCGUUUGACCCUUCGUCAAUUGGGCAAUACACUGGCGAUUUGACUUCCGAAGAUGAUCUCAAAAGGGUCUUCGAGAUUACCAAACCUGAUGUGGUGGUGCACUCCGCUUCCCCCAUUCACGGAAUGGCGCAGGCCAUCUAUGAAAAAGUCAAUGUCGAGGGCACAAAGACCAUACUAAAGGUCUGCCAGGACUUGAAGAUCAAAGCCUUGGUGUACACAUCCUCAGCUGGUGUGAUAUUUAAUGGUGAGGAUAUUCAUAACGCGGAUGAAACCUGGCCAAUCCCGGAGGUUCCUUUGGACGGUUACAACGAUACGAAGGCUCGGGCCGAGACGAUGGUGCUGGGUGCGAACAAUUUCACCGGACUCAAGACUGUCGCGCUCAGGCCAGCCGGUAUAUUCGGUCCUGGAGACCGUCAAUUGGUUCCUGGACUGAGACAGGUGGCCAAAUUGGGCCAGUCUAAGUUCCAAAUCGGAGACAACAACAAUCUGUUCGACUGGACGUAUGCUGGUAAUGUUGCGGAUGCCCACAUUCUCGCAGCCCAGAAGCUUCUGUCGCCCGAUCCCGAGGUGGUGAAGGCUGUUGGGGGCCAAACUUUUUUCGUGACCAACGACGCUCCUACGUAUUUCUGGACAUUGGCUAGAACCGUGUGGAAGAGCGAUGGCCAUAUCGACAACUACAAUAUCGUUCUUUCCCGGCCUGUUGCCAUAUUGGCGGGAUAUUUGUCGCAAUUCUUCAGCAAACUGGCGAAUAAGGAGCCGGGAUUGACUCCAUUCAGAGUGAAGAUCGUGUGUGCUUUCAGGUACCACAAUAUUGCCAAGGCGAAAAGGCUUCUGGGAUAUAAGCCCCAGGUGGGAUUAGAGGAAGGAAUCCAAAAGACGUUAGAGUGGAUGGACGAGACCAAGCAAUAA